AUGAUCGACAAGAUUAACGACGUUCUCGACAAGAAGCCAGACUCGACGUUGUGUCCCCCCUCUACUGUGGUAGUCCCUCCGCCUUCAGAGAAGUCCCGCCUCGAGCUACCCAAGGAAGCCAUUGAUGCCCUAUUCUUUCGUGGCCAAAGCUUCCAGAACAAGGUGGAUAAGUGCUGUGCAGCAUGCAACAAUGCUCCUACGGUUGAAGGUGGUCGAUUCAUUGGUAAUGAUGAUCCGAGAUCCUUCGCUGAAUUCUCUCAACUGGUUCGCCAACAUAAUAUGUACCUCUACGGUGAUGCGGUUACCCGAUACUUCUUCCUACUACAUAACCUCUCUCCGAGUGUUCACAACUCCACAGUGUUCGGCCUGCAAUAUGGUGAUGCGCAAGACACGCCUCAAUGUACCAGUGUGAACGACUUCCAAAGGCUACUCGACAAGGUGUGGAACCAUCUCAUGGAUGAGUUUGCUAAAUCAUCCGGCUUAUUCGACCACUACAAGGCACUACAACUUCUUAAACUCUCUCCCGGUGCUGACUUUGACGGCCAUCUCAGUCGGUUCACUACCCUUAUCCGUGCCAUACAGAGAGAGAAGGGCUCCAUUGAUGACCGCGAGACCGCCGCCCACUGGUACAACAGUUUGGAUGAGCGAGGCCAAGAUGACAUAGAUCGGGCCCCUGCCCAAGACGUUAAGACCUUCGUCCAGAUGCGUGAGAGAUCUCGAGGCUUCUACCGAUCACUCAAGAAGACGUGGAAGGCUAACGCUGCUGGGAAGUCAAUCACCACUAAUGUUGCUACUGCUGCGG